AAAGUUAUAUGGAUAUUUGGAUAGUAAUACAAAGGACUCGCGAAUCGCAAUUCUAUGCAUAAAAUAACGGAUAAUAAUAAACGCCGUUAUCUCAUUUUCACAAACGUGAUCAAAUCCGUUCUGCAAGAGAUCCGAUUAUUGUUAUAAGGAAGCAGGAGAUUUUGUUUUCGUUCAUUAGUAAUAAAGAGUUGUGCGAGCACGAUGGGUGCGAGAGUCCGUAACGGGGAAAAGAGUGGAACAAUGUCAACAGAUUUGAAAUCUUCUAAAGCACAAUGUCAGCGGACAGCGCCGAAAUGUGGGCGAUGUAACGUUCAUGGAGUAUACGUUGCGCUCAAGGGACAUAAAAGAUAUUGCAAAUACAAACACUGCGAUUGUCCAGCAUGCUACAUUUUUUUGGCACAACAGAGAAUAUCAGCAGACAAGAUAGCUAUGAAAAGAGCGCUUGAUUUGAGUGCGAAGAAAGAGAUAUUACCUCAAGAGGUACCCCCAUCACCUAUAUUUUCUGCAGUCGGGAAAAGACGCCUAUUUUGUCUUGGCCUCCAAAAUUUACUGGAAUAUACUUGGAACGAGAUGGUCAGUUCUCUCAGAAUGCAGUUCUCUCACGGGCAUAUUUCCUUAAAGCAUAUGUGGGACAUCUUCUCCAUCCUCCUCAAGUAUGCCGAUGACAUAGACGCAGGAAAUAAAUUUGACAACAUUUUGAAAUAUGCUAAGACCUGCAUAUAUCAAGCUUCAAUAAUUCAUCAUUCGAAAAUUAUUUCCCGAGACAUCACACAAGAUCUUUUGCGUGCUAUUGAUUCCAUGCAAUAUGAGAACAAAGAUAGUUAA